UUGAGCAUAUAUUAUUUUGGUCGGAGCAGGAAGAGAAGUAGAGAUAGUGAUCUAAUUCGGUCUGAUUCAGACGAUGGCUGCCACAGCUCUUCUCCGUUCGAUUCGCAGACGCGAAAUCGUCUCCGCGCCUCUCUCCGCCUACAAAUCUCUUGCUGGUUAUGCUCAACCUUCAUGGAGUAGUUCACACAUUGGUCAAAACUAUGCAAGUUUGUGUAGAGCUUUCGGAUCGAAACCUGGUGUGAAUGACAUUGUUGGGACUGGUUUGGGAACUACCAACACAACCAAUGCCACUAUAGAGGAGAGAGAGCACUCAAAAGCUACUGAGAAUGCAAUUGGAGCUCAUUUGCGUGGUAUGGGAGCACCAAGACGCAUGUUGUCUACAAUCUCUGCGGGUAUAAAGAUGACAGAGGAGGAACAGAUUUCUCCAAAAACCCAAAGCUUUCGCCCUUUAUCUCCUCACCUCCCUGUUUAUCAACCUCAGAUGAACUCCAUGUUAUCGAUUUCCAACAGAGUCUCGGGGCUUUACUUGACAGGAGUCUUUUUUGGCGGCUAUCUUCUCUACCUGAAAAUGGGUAUGAUUUGCCUCACCUACCCGGGUUUCUACCAUGUUCUUUUCCAUGUACAGCAGCAACUUCUGGUCAUCACUUCGGUUACUGCAUUGGCCGCGCUUUACCAUACUCUCAAGAGUACUCACUCCCUCUUCACCCAUUAAAAAAAAAUCAUUUCACUAAGCUCUUUUGUUAUGCUGUCAAAGUCUCCAGUAAGAGUUUCUUUGAGAUGAACAAGAGUAAUAGUAGAGAAGAGAUAUGUUUUGUCAAACUCUCAAAGAUCUAACCAUUUUUUUGGGACGUUAGGCUUUUGAAGGCUAUGUUUGUUUGCUUUCGUUUCUUUGUUCUUACAAAGGUGUUGAAAUGUUGGAUGUAAUAAAUGUUAUUCCCUGCUGCUACUGCUCUGCUCUGCUCUUUCAAGUUUGCUUUAUGAAAUUUGUCAUGGCUAUGUUAAAUCCUU